AUGGUCGAUCUCAUGUUUAGAUACCACGCUCCUGCGGUCAUCAUCGCAACGACAUCAUCUCUUAUCAACAUCAUCGGACGCAAAGAUAUCUUCAAUAUGCAUAUAACCCGCCUUACGGCACUAAUUGGCAAUGAGGCAUCUCAGAUCCCGGAGCCUGUAGUGGUCAAGCUUGCCACACUCAACUUCCUACCAGACAGUACCACAGACUUGGAACCAAUUUGGAAUACCAUUCAAGCAUUGGAAAGUGUCCCUGUCAAUGUUGAGUAUAACGGUCCUGUCCGUGAUAACAUAUUUCUUUGGACUUGCGUUACUCCUAGCAUUGGCCAAACUAGCAUACAUCUGCGUUGUGGCGAUGGUGAAGGCAAGCGUUUUGAUAGUCCACAUGUUGUAUAUAUGUCUAAGAGCAGCCAACGAUAA